ACCCCUUUUUCCCAUGAUACCGCAAACGAGAGGAGGGGUUCCUAUGCUGAAUCUUGUGCUGGGGAUGGGGGAGACCCAUGGGGAUGGUAGAACGCCUGGGCAAGGUUUGCACUGUGGUUGGGCCUCCACCAACUCCACUGAUGGAGAGGGGACCAUAUCUCAUCAGGGUUAGCAUGACCGAGGUGGAGCCGGUGCUGGACUUCGCAUCCUCAGGGAGGACUGGACGCCGCAAUGCCCUACCUGACAUCCUGGGCUCACCGGCAGGCGUCAGCCCCUCUGACCUGCCCCUCAAACUGGCCGAGAUGUCCCUGAGUGCAGGCAGCUCCCAGGAGAUGCAGUCACCAUCUGCAGAAGUUCCCCCACCGCAGCCCCAAAGCCCGGAGCUGAAGGACACGUCCUAACCCUGCUGGGGGACUGAGCAGUAGGGUGAGGACGCUGCGGAACAUCCGCAUCGCUGCCCUUGUGCCAUGCAGCGAGAGCAUCGCCUGCAGGAGAGGAGCCACGUGGGGACCUGUGGGGACAAAGGGACACUUCAUUCCCACGCAGGGCAAGGAUGGGGACGUUCACCCCACAGGAGGACACUUUUCUUCCAGAAGCGAGCAGCUGGGGGGGGCUAUGCCAUGAGCAGCCCGGGGGGUCUGAGUGUUGUUCACUGUGAUGUUUUGGGUACCACGUCCGUGUCCUGUCCUUUUUCCAGUGGG